GUUUGUUGUUCAUUUCCUUCAAACAAAAGUCCCCAACCAGAAUCACAAAUGGACGCUGGCGAAUCAGCUGCUGCGGCGUCGACUGGCGAGACCAAAGUCAAGCGCAACUAUCGCAAGGACAAGCCUUGGGACAACGACACAAUCGAUCACUGGAAGAUCGAGACCUUCACAAACGAAGACAACAAGGGCGGCUCGCUGCUCGAAGAGUCCUCGUUCGCCACACUCUUCCCAAAGUACCGCGAAAAGUACCUCAAGGAGGUCUGGCCUCACGUGACCAAGGCGCUCGAUGAUGUGGGUAUUGCUUGCGAGCUUGAUCUCAUCGAAGGUAGCAUGACGGUUCGCACCACCAAAAAGACGUUCGACCCGUUCAUCAUUUUGAAAGCGCGCGACCUGAUCAAGCUGCUGGCACGCAGCGUUCCGCUCGCCCAAGCCCUCAAGAUUCUGGAAGAUGAUGUUGUUUGCGACAUUAUCAAGAUUGGCAACAUUGUGCGAAACAAGGAGCGCUUUGUCAAGCGACGACAACGCCUGCUUGGUCCCAACGGCGCCACUCUCAAGGCGAUCGAGUUGCUGACCGACUGCUAUGUUAUGGUGCAAGGCAACACUGUUGCCGCAAUGGGCGGCUACAAGGGAUUGAAGGAGGUUCGCCGCAUUGUGGAGGACUGUCUGCACAACGUUCACCCAAUCUACAAUAUCAAGACUCUUAUGAUCAAGCGCGAGCUGGCAAAAGACCCCGCUCUUGCAACCGAGAGCUGGGACCGCUUCCUGCCACAAUUCAAGAAGAAGAAUGUCAAGCAAAAGAAACCCAAGAUCACAAAAAAGGAGAAGACUCCCUUCCCGCCGUUGCCCCAGCCCAGCAAGAUCGACUUGCAACUCGAGUCCGGCGAGUAUUUCCUCAAGGAAGACGACCGUCGUGCCCAGCUGCGACAAGAGCGUGAGGAGCGCCAGGCUGAAGCUGCAGAGGCAAAGCGCAGCCAACGCGAGAAGGCUUUCGAAGCCCCCGCUGAGCCUGCUCAUCCCACGCGAAGCAAGGACGCGUCUGCCAAAUCUGCCGCAUCUGUGGCUGCACAAGACCCCACGACAACCAAGAACAUGGAUGUGGAAGCUCUGAAGAACCGACUUCGUGGCGAGAAGCGUCGACACGACGAUGGCAAGUCGGUAACUAGCAGCGAUUUUGUCCUCAAGCCAAAGUCAAAGAAGUCUCGCACCGAUUAACAAAAUCCAAAACAAGGGUUUUUUUUAUUUGUUAUUUCAUGACAUUUUGAUUGAAAACUCAUUCUUGCUGUUGCUGUGCACGAUACUGCGUCCAAGUAGUCCCAAUAAAAUGGAUCGCGCGAG